UAGCAACCUUUGUUGACGAAGACCGCUGGCUCAGUCAAUUCCAUAGACAUGGUGGCAUUUUGUCCUUAACUGGUACUUAUUCUCCCAAAUGUGUUCCCAGCGUAAGACAAAUUGAGAGCAAACGGAGAGAGGACUGAGGACUUGAUUAGUCUUCCUCUGCUUUGUCCAAACCUUUCGCUCCUUUUUUCCCCUAAAAAACUGAAGAUCUGAAACGAGCUACAUUUUAUAGAGUUAUACAGUAUGUUUCUUAAUCGUUGUCUUAUGUGAUAAAAGAUUAGUGUUCGCCCGCGAUCAUUAUCUCUGAUCAUUGCCAUGCGGUUCAUAACACUGUAUUUAAUCUACGGUGAACUAUGAGUGGCAAGCGUGUCGAGUAUUUUACGAGUCCAUAGCAGUUUCUAGAGAACAUGGCCGUUAAAUUCUGUUAUAUCACCUCCCAGUCUUUCUUUUUAACAUGUACCUGCACAAAAACACCCAAACACAAUGACUUGGAGACAAGCUCAAUUUUUACUCAUAAAUUAUUACUACUGCGUGUUCAUACCUCCGAGCGAACGUAAUUUUCUGAAAUUUAUCGACGGAAGAUUGUUUUCUAAACAACAGUUUAUGUUUAUGGAUUGAGAAAUUAUUUUCUUUAAAUACCAAAUUGGUGUUGCGCAGAGGUUAUGUUCUUAUCGUGUAAUCUGCUCCGGUAGCAAGCUUGAAAGAGACGAUCUCGAGCCGUAUCGAUGGAGACGAAGUUGGUUCUUUAUCUUGUGGCUCUUGUGGCUCUUGUGUUUAUGUGUGGAAUCGGCUGCGGCACAGUUCACGAGAAGAAGAGACGUUUGACCUCACUGGACUUAGCCGCAGAGAAGAGAGUGACGGUUUGUUCAAAAGGAAAGAGUCCACUUACAUGCGUGUCCCCUGGGUCAGCUAUCGCUAUUACCGGAGUGUUUUGGGGUCGAGAAUCUUCAGACAUUUGCCCCUCGGAGGACGGGGAUCCGGUAACAAAUUGUCCCACAGCUCCCGAGGCCGAACACAUUGUCAAGGAGAUGUGCGAAGGAAUGGGAAGUUGCGUUUUGGAAGGAAAGGCCGACAAGUUACAACAUGGAAAACACUGUUAUGGCGUCCAGAAAUAUCUCCUCGUAAAUUACACAUGUGUGCCUCAGAAAAAGGAAGCCAUUUUGUGUGACUCGGAGAGAUCGAUAAUCUCCUGUCCAUCUGAUUGGAUACUUAAAGUCAACUCGGCGUUCUGGGGCCGUCAAGCAACGGACGUUUGUCCAUCGGUAAGAGGACAGGAAGUCUGCCCCGGGGCAUCAGAGACUGUCUCCAAACUGAGAAGCAGAUGCAACAAUAUUCCUUUCUGUCCUGUUAAGGCAUUUUACAAGGAGUUACAAAAUGGAGGUGAAAACUGCCCUCAUGUAAACAAGUAUCUUGUUAUUAACUACAGCUGUCGGCCCAGUCCCGAUAUAGGACGGCGCGGCCAGCUCGGGCUUAUUCCUCUCUCGGUUUACCGCGGACUCAGAAGCAGAUCACGUAUUUGGAAACCUAGUGAUCUCAAACUGAAAGCUUCACAGAUAACAAAGAUAAAACAGAAGGAUAAACAAUUCGAACAAGAAGAGAGAAAAAGUGGAACGAGAAAGGGCCCUGGAAAAAGGGCAGCGAUGGCAACAAGCCGUUUUAUUUACCGUAUAUUUGCUGUUUUUGCUGUUCUGGAUGUAGUGACGCUCGCGUAUGUACAAGGUGGAGUUCACAGUCAGGAAGCGGGAGCUGGUUUGAGUCAGAUUGAUCUAGAAGCCUCAAAAGAGAUCACCGUAUGCACGACACAGAGGAAACCACUGAGCUGCUCCUACCCGGGCUCAAACAUCGCGGUGACUGGUGUAUUCUGGGGUCGCAAGUCUGGUGCAAUUUGUCCUUCAGAUGAUGGUGAUACACAACUCGACUGUUUCACUGCGCCGGAAUCAGAAGGCAUUGUGAAAGGAAAGUGCGAAGGAAAGGAAUCCUGUGAACUUGAAGCUAGACAUGCCUUAUUGCAAAAUCCAGGAACUCAGCAUUGUCCAGGAGUAAACAAAUACCUGACUGUUAAUUACACGUGUGUGCCCGAUGCUAAAGAAGUCGUGAUCUGCGAUUCCGAGAACUCCAGUUUGACCUGCCCAGCCUCCUGGAAGAUUGGUGUGAACUCUGUAUUCUUUGGACGGCAGUCAACUACCGUUUGUCCAGCGGAAAAUGGACAGACCAUGUGCACUGGAGCACCAGAGAGUCUUGGGAUUGUUAAGAAGUCAUGUGACGGGCUCACAAAGUGUGACGUGCAUGCGUCUUACGACCAAGUGCAGAAUGGCGCGGAAAACUGUCCCGGGGUUCAGAAGUAUUUGAUUAUUAACUACAGCUGCAAACCGCAUCCAAAUAUAGGAACCGAGGACGAUGCCAUUCAGAACGACCAAGAACCAGCCCCCGUGAAGGCUCCUGCUCCCAACAAACCUAACCCAGGCCUUGCACCAAACGUUGUGAGUGAUUUAAAGCAGUUGGACGGCGGACAACAGAUUGAGAAGGUACCGGCCGAGGAGGGAAACAGUAUUGUUGGAGAAAACUUGAACAUUGGACGGCUAGGCAUGGGAGGCUUGAAGGCCUUGGAGAAAAUCAAUAACCUUAUCAAGGCUUCCGCCGAGACUCAAGAUGGCGACGAUCCUGGACCAGAUAAUAGUUUGACGGACGAGCAAGCACAGGCAAUUGAGCGAAUGAUUAUUGAAGGAAUCCAUCACAUUAAGAAAAAACCUUCACCUCCGGCUGGUACACAGAGGGCCUCAAUUCCACGUCAGAAGAACGAUCAGAAACCUUUUCCCAAGUUACCUCAACCAGAGAAACGAAAGGGACUCCCGAUUCCGUUCCCGCCAAAACUUGGAGCUCAAAGAAAGGAUCCCAGAGCGGUCCCAACACCAGUUCAAGUGGGAGUUCCCAGGCUUCAGAAGGAAGGACCGAACGGGAAAGGGGGAACGUCAAGCAAUCAGAAUGAGGAAAAGAAAACGGUAAAUGAGAGUAAAGGAUCUUCAUUGAACGGACCAGGCCAAGGUCCUGCCAAGAUGAGGCCCAUUCCUGUUCUUAAAAGUCAGCCUGCAGAUGAAAGAAAGAAAUCACAGCCUGGAAAACUUCGUGGUUUAGGUCUGGGGAAUGCUGGUGCUGGAAAUUCGCCUUAGCAUGGGAAAACGUAUGACAAGAAAAGACUUGAAAUGCGAACAUUGGAAACCAGACGAAUUCUUGUACAUUACUAGCGUUAUUCGAACUGCUCAAAAAACUGUUUUUAUGAAACAUCUGCGCGCUCUUUCGCAUUAAGCUUAGAUUCCUCAAGGAAUUCUUUUGACUUACCUAAAAAUUCCCCGUACGAAUCUUACCAGACUUUAUAUCGGUAGUGAAAGAAAUCGAUGUCUGGUUGCCAUCGUUAAUUUAAAAAAAAACACUAAAGAUCAGAUUCUGAUCUAAAAUAGUACUUCAGACUCUCAGUCUGUAAAAUGUUUCAAUAUGUACCGCAAUUUUCGUCAAACCAGCUGUGAUCCUCGUUAAUUAUUAAAUAUAUGUUACCGAUUGCAGUUAAAUGCCGCUGACACAGAUAUAGCGAGACUACAUAAUAGGUACUCAGUAUUUAAAAUCAGAUGUCCGUAAUGUGGGAGUUGACUUUCUCAACUAGUUCUCCAGGAAAAACAGUUAAGCAAAACCAGGAGAGAAGUUAUCAUUGUAUUUUGUGUUAGCUGCGCCCCAGUACUCUAUUGUACUUUCUACAAAGGGAAAUGUCCAAAAGGUACGAUUUCAUUUUUUAUUGACCUGGUUAGCGCUAAACAUAAGGGUAAAGGACAAACAGCUCUUGAUGAUUUUAAUAAAGAAAACAGUUAAAAUA